UAUCAAAUACGCCGUUACUGUGAAAUAGUAACGAAAUUAUCGCAUGUAACAUGGUGCUAUUCGCGAGGUAUAUAAGGAAUACAUUUAAUAAAUAGGUUAUUCAGUCAAAAUGGCUUCGACCCACUUAUUUUUGCUUCUGAUCGGAGUAAUUUUCCAGACAAACGCCGCAGUACUCAAAAAGAACGUCAUACUAUCGAGCGUCCCUGUACCCUUUAAAAAUUUACCCCUACCCUUCGACCUACCCUUGCUGCCAAGCUGCAGCAUCCCAGAAAUUGUCACCCCCGUCGAAGUACCUGUAUGCAGCAACAUACCCACUUGUAACUGCCCCAAACCGGUUAUAGAAAUACCCACGUAUUAUUCUCCAACGGUACCAGUCCCAUCGUGCGGGUCUUGUGGUAGUUUUUCAACAUCAGUAGAAUUAGCUUUAUCAGGCUCGGGUAUACCCUCUUGUAGCUCUUCUACCCCUGUUUGCGGUUGUUCCACUCCUGUUUGCGGUUGUUCCACUCCUGUUUGCGGUUGUUCCACUCCUGUUUGCGGUUGUUCCACUCCUGUUUGCGGUUGUUCCAAAGUUGAUGUACCAGCUUAUUACUAUUCACCGCCUGUGGAGGUGUGUGGAGGAUGCAAUGAUGCUCUGUGCGCUUGCGGUGCGUACGUGUCGCCCGUGUCGUAUGCCCCCACUUGUGGGUGCGCCCAGGCGGUGACCCAGUGUGGGUGUGCCCCAACGCUGCCGCCUUACCCACCAGCGUUGGGUUGUGCGAAGUAUUUGAGGCAGGUGGUUAUACAACCUCCGUUUUUGUGAUGUAGUCGUUACCUAGAUAGAUGAUAUUAAUAAAGUUAUGUGAAACGUGAUAAAAA